AUGGAAACAUUGACUGUGGACGUCCUAGUUUGCGGUGGAGGGAUGUCCGGCAUGGCGUGUGCUGCCUUCGCUGCGGACGCUGGGGCCAAGGUAUUGGUAGUUGAGAAGCAGGCGAUGGUUGGUGGCUCUUCGAACUACUCAGCAGGCAUGUUUUGGGCUCCGAAGAGCUAUGAGAGCUUGAGAUCAUGGGUCCCUGCCGGUGAUGCCGAGCUCCAAGCAGCCUGGAUGAAGGAUUACCUUCCAGCCGUGCAGUGGAUGCGCGAGAAUGGCAUUCCGACUGCUAAGCGGUUCGAGGGAAUCAUGACCAUCGGAAUCGGUUUCCCCAUCAAGAUCCCCCAUCUCCAUGAAUAUCAUAAACAACGCAUUGCCCAGAGCAAUACCCAGUCAAAGAUCUUCACCAAUACUUCAAUUGUAAAGCUCAUUCAAGAAUAUCUGGGAGUGCCAGGAUCUCGCGUUAUCGGCGCCGUCAUCCGUCGAGAGCCCGUCGACGGUAAGAGAGAGGUAUACUACACAGUCAAAGCUAAGCAGGUCGUGCUGGCCACCGGUGGAUUCCAGGGUAAUUCUGCUUUAACUUCGACCCAUCUCGGCCAGGGAGGAGACAACAUCUUUGUCCGCUCAAAUCGCGGGUCCGUCGGAGAUGGACUCAUGCUGGCGCAGGACGUCGGAGCCGCUACCAGUCGGGGAAUGAAUACAUAUUACGGCCACCUGCUUGCUGCUCCCCUUCGCGCAGAUGAGGUGGAUCCAAAGGACUACCUGCCACUAGCCCAAUACCAAAGCAAAUACUGCCUCCUGAUAAACGAGGGAGGCCGCAGGUUCGCCGACGAGACAACCGGCGAUGAGAUUGUCAAUCAGUACCUGGCGAAGCAAGAGAAGAGACGGGGAUUCCUCUUGUUCGAUGACUCAACCCGAAAGCAACACUGCAUUUCCGCCCCUUUCCCUAAUGCAGGAGAAAUCGACCGCCUGGAGAAGGCCCGCGCGCAUGGAUGUAAUGUUGCUAGCGCGCCCACUCUUGAUGGCUUAUUUGAAAUUCUCAAGGCCUGGGGCGUCAAUGGCGCCCAAGCGCAGAAGACAAUCGACGAGUACUUCCGCGUGGUACACCACGGAGAUACAACGGCCACACUCGAUGUCGCGGUGGGAAAAGGAGGCAAGCCGCCUGUUCCUCUGGUGGAAGGGGAUGGUCCGUUCUUUGCCAUGGAAGUACAGCCAUCGAUUACCUUCACAUACGGUGGCAUCCUCAUCGACACAGAAAGCCAUGCACUCACUGCCGACAAGACUCCUAUUCCUGGCUUGCUGGUGGCUGGUGUUGAUGGCGGUGGCUUCAGUAAUCUGGGAUAUGCUGGGGGAUUGGCCCUGGCGUUUGUGACCGGCUUAUGGGCAGCCAGAGCUGCGGCAAAGGAAUUGGGACUGCCCGUUCCCCAGUUGCCAGCGGCAGAUCCAAAGGAUGCAGUGGUUGACAAGCGAAAUGCGGCCAGUCGGUUAUAA